AUGUUCGAAAACGAAUAUGACUACGUUAUAGUGGGAGGUGGAACAGCAGGAUCGGUGUUAGCUAAUCGAUUGUCUGCCAAUCCCAAGAAUAAAGUUCUUCUGUUAGAAGCUGGUAGUGAUGAGAAUGUUAUUUCAGACAUUCCUCUGUUUGCUUUCGGUUUACAAAGAACUUCCAUGGAUUGGGAAUAUUUAACCGAACCACAGAGAUUUGCUUGCUUCGGUUCAAAGGAAAAACGUUGCAGGUGGCCUAGAGGAAAAGCUUUAGGAGGUUCAAGUGUUCUCAAUUUCAUGUUUUAUAUCAGAGGAAAUCGCAGAGAUUACGACAAUUGGUCUCGACAAGGUGCCUAUGGCUGGAGUUGGAAUGAUGUUUUUCCUUAUUUCCUUAAAUCUGAAGAUAAUACUGAUAUACAUAUGAGCAAUAGUGGUUUUCAUAACGUAGGUGGUCCUCAAACAGUUUCUUCUCCUCGAUACGCAACUCCUCUUCGAAAUGCAUUUUUGAAAACUGGAGAAUUCUUAGGUUAUCCUGUUAGUGACGCUAACGAUGAUAUUCAAACAGGUUUUACUUAUAUUUCAUCCACAACCAGAUUUGGAAGACGAUGCAGCACUAAUAAAGCAUUUUUGAAACCUAUUCAACAUCGCCCUAAUUUACAUAUCUUACUGUUUUCCUUCGUAACUAAGAUUAUUUUCAAUGAAUGUAAGCAAGCUAGAGCGGUCCAAUUCAAUCGAUUCAAGAAUACGUAUACCGUUUAUGCAAGAAAAGAAAUAAUUAUAUCAGCUGGAGCCAUAAAUUCACCUCAAUUACUAAUGUUAUCUGGUAUCGGCAUUAAAGAGAAUUUACAGAAAUUUAAGAUUCCUGUAGUGUCAGAUCUUCCAGUAGGUCUUAAUCUUCAAGAUCACAUUUUAACUCUUGGAGUGGAUUUCUUAAUCGACAAACCAGUUUCUAUUAAUGCUUUACAUGUUUCUUCUCCGUUCAAUGUUCUUUCCUAUUUCAAAUAUGGUUCUGGGCCAUUGACCUUGCCUGUUGGUUUUGAAGGUUUGGCUUUCGUCAACAGCCGUUUUGCGAAUUUGUCUGAAGAUUAUCCAGAUAUUGAACUUCAUUUAAUAUCAGGUGGUCCGACUUCUGACGGAGGAAAAAUUAUUAUCCCAAGUUUAGGCAUAAAUAAUCAAAUACGGAAAUUAUACUAUAAACCAAUUUUAUAUCGAAAUGCUUUCUCCAUAUUCCCUUCUUUAUUUCACCCGAAAAGUCGCGGUUAUAUAAAACUGAGAAGCGCCAAUCCCUAUGAUCAUCCUAUCAUCCAGCCCAACUAUUUAUCUCAUCCUCAAGAUGUUUUGGCUCUUAUCGAUGGAUUGAAAAUAGCUAUUCGAGUUGGUGAAUCUCAGUAUUUUAAAAAGUUUGGAUCUCGAUUAUAUUCGGCUCCUGUUCCAGGAUGCGAAGGAUUUCUAAGACUCAGCGAUAAAUACUUGGAAUGCGUAGUUCGAACUUUAAGCUUUACUGCAUAUCAUCCCGUAGGAACAUGUAAAAUGGGUGCAGUUGAUGAUCCAACAACUGUUGUGGAUCCUGAACUAAGAGUAAAAGGAGUAUCGGGAUUACGAGUUGUCGAUGCAUCUAUUAUGCCAAUUAUUCCUUCGGCAAAUACUAAUGCUCCAACAAUUAUGAUUGCGGAAAAAGCUGCAGAUAUGAUUCUAGGUGUCAGGCAUAAUAUUUUAGCAUUUAGUUGA